CAGCGGCAGCACCUGCUUUGAACGUGCUUUUCGCAACAACAACAACAUCGACGCUCGUAAAGCCAUCCGCUGAUGUUGACUACAAAGGAAACGCUGUCAACUCGACUUAAUUCCGUAUCACAAUUACAUAGAGAGCAACGGAAGAGGAGGGAAGUAGAGUCAUCGCGACAUAACACCGAUUCGUCCGCCAGCCAGUUGCAAUUGCAAUUAUUAUUAUUCUUUUCAACUGUGCUACAGUGAUUUUAAUUGAAAACGUGCCCGCAACAGUCUUACAGUCUCACAGUGUAGCUGUGUUCAGAGCUUUCCGCCAAACAACUGCAACGCCUACGACGACUCCCCUCCCCCUCACGCACUGCGCUUCCUUGUGCUUGUGGCGGCAACAUGACUGUUAAGCUGACGAAUUUUUUCAGUAGCGCCGCUUCCAUGCCAACGAGCACGGCGCCGCCAUCACCGCCCAUAGUACCCGCUGCCAUCGGUGGUAGCUUCCACCAUCAUCAUCAUCAUCAUCAUCAACAACAACAACACUUGCAAUAUCUGCAACAACAUCAGUCGCCGCACCACCAGCUACAACAGCUACAACAAUCGUCGUCGUCGUCGCUACCCUAUAAUCCUUACAUAGCUGGCGAUAUGAAUGGCGAUGACUUGUAUGAUGAUGACAACAUGUCGCUAUAUUCGAAUGCAACAGCCGCCAGUGGUAUUAUGACGCAGCGCGGUCAUUCAUGCAACAAUUCACAGCGUCCGCUGCUGGGCGAUAGGAAGCCGCCAAAAAUGUUGUUAAGCAACAAUGUAACAAAGAAAAACAAGAAGUCGACUGGCAUUAAUCAACCGCAACGUCACUUGCAGCAGCUACACCAACAGCAACAGCAACAGCAACAGCAACAAGGAAAACCACACUUGCAACAGAAAUCGUAUAUCUCGCCGUACGUGCAACAACAGAAACGUGAUAGCGCCAAGGGAUUGCACGGCUUUAACGAUUUCGAUAUAUUGUCACAGCAAUACACGGAGCAUUUGCGCAGCAGUCCCCACAUUGGUUACCCCUACGGCAGUCCGCCCUCGCCCACCGCCAAGUCUAAUGACUUCGUAUUCGAUACGUUGCCACGGCAAGGGGAACAGCAACGACAGUUGCGUUUGUAUGACAAAACUAGUUACAGCACUGCUAGUACAGUUCAACAUCAGCAAACACAACAACAACAACAACAACAACAGCAGCAGCAGCAGCACUCAAGUCAUUAUCAACAACAAGAAAUGGGAAAUUGCUUCAAUGAGAGGGAUUACUCUUAUUAUGGGCGCAACGCCUGCAACGGUAGCGGCAGCGGUAGUGGUAGUGGCAAUGUUAGUGUUAGUGGCAGCGGCAGUAAUAGCGGUGGCAGCAAUUGUCUACUGACCACCAUUAGUAAUACGUCGCCUAGCCAUUACAUGGGCAAAUCGUCACGCUUUGAAGAUGAUUUUUGUACACGCCGCAAUGCCACAUUUGCCGGGCCACAAUCGCUGGCAUCAUCAGCGAAGACAGUGGCCGCUGGCGGUGACGAUGUUGGUGGUCCAUUCAUAUUUGGCGGUGUGCCGCAUGAACGAUUUCAGCACGAAAACCAGGAACAGCCGAGAAACGGCAUUGUGCAGCAGCAGCACGAGGAACAGCAACAAAAGCGAGAUUUGAGUAGUUCAGCCACUGCGGUGACCAACUCGACGGACUCUGUGAUAGAUGUGGCAGACAAAUACUCGCCAUUCAACAAUGGCCAUGCGACUAUGCUGUCGAGCAGCGAUACCAGUUCCAGUUCACGUGACAUCAGCAGCAAUAAAGGCGCGAAGUUUCUGCUGCGAAAAGGCAAAUCAAAGCGAAACAGCAAAGAUAAAAAGUCCGAAACGCCUGCAGUGCAAUCGAAAGUACAACAAGUACAACAAGAACAACAAGAACAACACGAAACACCUUCCAUUAAAUGCGUUCUGGUUGGCGAUGGUGCUGUGGGAAAGACUAAUUUGAUUUUAUCUUAUCUCAAGAAUCGUUUCAAUUCGGAGCACGUGCCGACAGCAUCGGAUAUAUAUAACGCGGAUGUACUGGUCAACGAUAGCCCGGUGCACCUUACCAUCUGCGACACCGCCGGCCAGGAUACAUUGGAUAAACUACGCCAAUUGUGUUAUCCCGAUAGCGAUGUGUUCCUAUUGUGCUUCUCCGUGGUGAAGCCGGAUACCUUUCAUGCUGUGAAAACGAAAUGGGCACCCAAAUUCUCAAAGACAAAGGCCGCAUUGAUACUUGUCGGAACACAAGCGGAUUUGCGCAACGAUGCGCAAGUGUUGAAUAAAUUGCAGCUUAAUGGCGAAAAACCAAUUUCAUACGCUGAUGCCUGGGAUUUGGCAGCAACUGUUGGCGCGAAAUACAUCGAGACUUCAUCAGCAACACAGGACAAAGUUAAGGAAGUUUUCGAUACAGCCAUCUGGGAAGGGCUUGCGCCAACCACCUUGCCAUCCACACCAAAACGACCGCUGUGGAAGAAACUUUUGUGUCUCGCGUAAGAGCACAGGGGUAAAUAACAAAGGGAUAAAACAACUGAACAAUGAAACGAAAAA